AUGGACAUCCACAUCUGGCCCAACAACAUCCGCAACCUCAAAUGGCCCAACGACGGAAUCACAUACAGCUAUGAGCACCGAGGUUACAUGGCGCCGGAGAAGAUCGAGCAUUGGCUCUUGAAGGCUUUUGGCGAUGGCAAUGGCAAAUACGUUCUCUUCAAUGAACGAAUCUAUAUUAAAGCUCCCCGAAAGCCAACAUCCGUAAGUCAAAGCUUAGCUGUCAAUAUCCCACCAUCUCUUCUAGACCUCUCUUCGAAUCCGCUCGUCGAUGUUCACUCUACAUUACCCAGUACCCGUACCCCACGACCUGAUUAUCCACCCACCUAA